GUGAAUUGGAGGACAUGUGUUUCACUUCCCCCUUUCAUUCUGCUUAGCUGCCAGUCAGAGAGCUGACAGAGAGAGAGCGAGAGAGAGAUAGUGGAAGAGAAUAGGACUGCACAGCACUUCAUUACAGCAGCAUAAGGCCAGAGUGAACAUGGUGACCCUGUGGUGGGUGCUGACCCUGCUGACCUUUCUUUCUUCUGAGGCUUCAGGCGCUAACGCUGGAGUUAAGGUGAAAUUGACAGUAAAGGGACUAGAGUACGGCCACCAGAUCGGGAUCGCGACCCUUCAAGAGAAACUCAAAAGCAUCAAGAUUCCAGACAUGAGUGGCUCUGAGACGAUCUUUCCUUUCUGCAAAGUCUCAUACAGUCUGACAGGGUUACAGAUUUUGAAUCUGGGGCUGCCAAAGUCUCAGGUGCGGUUGGUACCUGGUACUGGAGUCAGUCUGUCCAUCAGCGAUGCCUUCAUUAAUCUGCACGGCAACUGGAGAGUAAAAUACCUCAGGAUCAUACAGGACAGCGGCUCCUUUGAUUUGGCUGUGAGUGGACUGACCAUCUCCACCACCAUCAACGUCAAGAGCGACGGCACUGGCCGGCCGAUGGUCAGUGGUGUCAACUGUCAGGCCGCUGUUGGCAGUGCCAAGAUCAGGUUUCAUGGGGGCAGCAGCUGGCUGUACAACCUGUUUAGCAAAUUUGUUGACCAGGCUCUGCGCAGCACCCUACAGAAACAGAUCUGUCCUCUGGUGGACGAGGCCAUAGAUGAAAUGAAUCCCCGUCUGAAAACUCUAAAUGUUUUGGCUCAAGUCGACAAGUAUGCCGAGAUCGAAUAUUCCAUGGUGGAGUCCCCUGUCGUGUCUAAUUCCAACAUUGAUCUCAGUUUAAAGGGGGAGUUCUACAACAUCGGGCAGCAUAAGGAGCCUCCUUUCUCCCCCAACCCUUUCUCCCUGCCCCCUCAAGAUAGCAACAUGCUGUACAUCGGACUGUCCGCCUUCACCAUCAACUCAGCAGGCUUCGUUUACAACAGCGCCGGAGCCCUCAGCCUCUACAUUACUGACGACAUGAUACCAUCGGGUUCCCCCAUUCGACUGAGCACUAAGACCUUUGGAGCCUUCAUUCCGCAGAUUGCUAAGCAGUACCCAGGCCUCAUGAUGAAGCUCCUGGUGAAGACGGUGAAGGAACCAACCAUCACAUUUGAGCCUGACAACGUGACUUUGCAAGUUCAGAGUGCAGUCACGGCUUAUGCUAUUCAGCCCAACAGUACACUGUCUCCUCUCUUUGUCCUUAACCUGAAUGCUAGUGUGAGUGCUAAGAUUUAUGUGGAGGGCGUUAAAGUGGCUGGAACUCUGACCCUUAACAAAAUUGACAUGGCCUUAGCAAAAAGCUAUGUGGGACCGUUCGAGGUGAAAUCACUUAACAACAUCAUCCUGAUGGUUUUGAAAAUCAUGGUUAUACCCAAGGUUAAUGCCCGCCUAGAGGAAGGUUUCCCUCUACCUGCCAUUGGAAAGAUGAACCUGGUAAACACUCAGCUUCAAAUUCUGAAGGGCUACAUGUUGAUCGGGACAGACGUUCAAUUCACACCCUGAGCCUUACUUGAAGCCUGCAAUCUUUAAACUGCCAACGCUGCAUGACUUUCUCAAAUGACUUUGCAAAAGCGUGGAAAAUGUGAUUUGCCAGUGAAGGAAAUUUGCUUACGGAAGAACAUUUAGAUGUAGUUUAAUAAAAACAGCUACAACAUGAGCUUUGUAUGAUGUCCAACAUGAUUUUGAAUAAAUAAAUAUGCAAUGUUCUCUUUU